CUGCCGCUGACAGGAAGGUCCCUGAUCCCAGUGGGAGGGGAAGCGGGCCUCUCCGGCGCUUUGAUAGUGACGGCGCUGACGGCGACUUCCACGCGGCGCUCGGCUUCUUGCGCUUGCCCGGGUAACCCUGAGAAGAUGCCGAAGGCCAAGUCCGCGGCGAGUGGCCGCCGGCGGGAGCGGCAGGAGCAGCGCCGGGAGCUGAAGAGGGCCGGAGGUGCGGCGUGGAGGAAGCUGGGGGCGGACCGCGUCUCUCGGUGCGGACUGAGCCGCGGCGGGGGAGGCCCACUGUGGCCCGCGCUCCUGGCCGCUCCGAGGAGGGUGCUGGCUCAGCGAUGACCCUUCCCCACGCCUGGUCUUCCUUGGCCAGCAGGAGGGAUGAUGGAUGAACUUAAAGCUGCAUCCCAACCCCAUCCGUGAGCGGGACGCUUGUGGCAUCCUUGAUCGUCUCGGCUGCUUCUCUGGGACGGCCUGGGAUCGAUUCUUGAAAAGUUGGGAAAUUAAGGCUGCUUCGUGUUUUAUUCCAGGACUCAUGUUCAACACAGGGAUUGGGCAGCACAUUUUGAAAAAUCCUCUAAUUGUAAACAGCAUUAUCGAUAAGGCUGCCUUAAGACCUACUGAUGUGGUGCUGGAAGUUGGGCCUGGGACUGGAAACAUGACUGUCAAGCUGUUAGAAAAGGCCAAAAAGGUAGUUGCCUGUGAACUUGAUCCAAGGCUAGUAGCUGAACUUCACAAAAGAGUUCAGGGCACGCCUCUGGCCAGCAAACUCCAGGUCCUGGUGGGAGAUGUAUUGAAAUCGGAUUUGCCGUUCUUUGAUGCUUGUGUGGCAAACUUGCCUUAUCAGAUCUCCUCUCCCUUUGUCUUCAAGUUGUUGCUUCACCGGCCAUUUUUCAGAUGUGCUAUACUUAUGUUUCAAAGAGAAUUUGCUCUUCGUUUGGUUGCAAAACCUGGAGAUAAACUAUACUGUAGACUCUCCAUUAAUACACAGCUUUUAGCACGUGUGGACCAUCUAAUGAAGGUGGGGAAGAAUAACUUCAGACCACCCCCUAAGGUGGAGUCCAGCGUUGUAAGGAUAGAACCUAAGAAUCCGCCACCACCUAUCAAUUUUCAGGAAUGGGAUGGCUUAGUAAGGAUCACUUUUGUUCGGAAGAACAAGACACUGUCUGCUGCAUUCAAAUCAAGCGCAGUACAACAGCUGUUGGAAAGAAACUACAGAAUUCACUGUUCAGUCCAUAAUACUGUAAUACCAGAAGAUUUCAGUAUAGCAGAUAAAAUACAGCAAAUCCUAACCAGCACAGGUUUUAGUGAAAAACGGGCCCGUUCCAUGGACAUAGAUGACUUUAUCAGAUUGCUACAUGGAUUCAAUGCAGAAGGUAUCCACUUUUCCUAGCCAUUUGAAAACAUUUUUUUCCAAGACCAAGAAAAAAAUGAAAUUAUAAUUCCUAAUAUUAUUAUCCUGUAUGUUAAAAGUGGUUGAUUCUAUGUAUUUUGUUUGUUUGUUUGUUGUUAAGUAUUUUAAAUAUACUACAAAGGUCAGGGUUCAGUAUACAUAUAACAGUUUUCAAGUUCAAAAGCCGCCAGAUACGCACAACCAUACACUUAAACUUUCUAACAAUUUAUUGUCUAAAGGUGUUACUUUAUUCACUGUGUUAUGGACUGUGAGGCCUACUUUAGGCCUGCAGCUCACUCUGUCAACUAGUCACAGAUUCCCCCAAUAUUCCUCCUUGUUCACAUGUACAGUAAGUUACUUAACAUGACUUUCUUUUACAACCUUCAUUCUAUGGAAUUUCCAUGUAUUAAUGCCUUCUUUGUUAGAUGACCUAUUGCAACACAGACAACAUUUCAGUUCUGGGUGAGCUAGAGUCUGCUGCAGCUACACAGUGAAAGCAUGUUCUAUGUAUGACUGACUGCCUGUGAAAUGCAGAAGCUUAGAAAGAAAUUAACUAUAAAAUCAUGUCAGGUCCAUUUUCUUAGGGGAGAUAAGAUCUACAAAUUUCAGAUUUAGAAAAAUCCCAGGGAGGUUUGUAAAUCAAAUGGGCUUUAUUAGUUUCAGUUUUCAGCUUCUUAAAAUAACAGCUAUUUUCCCACAACUGUAGGCUCUUGGCUGUUCAUUAAUUACUCUUGGAUAAUUAAAAUUCUAGUACCUGGUGUUUCUUUUUAAGCUAUUUAAAAUUUGUCAGACUGAAGAUAAAUGCUGUUUAUAUAUUUUAAUAAAUUAGCUGUUUUAUUUAUAUAAGGAAACUAAACUAUCUUCAUUGGAUAUUUGGCUCCUUUUGUACCUGAAACUUAAGGAAUGUUUACAAUUAAUUUAGCAAAGGUACACUAAGUAAACUUAAGAAUAUAAAUUGUUUGCCUACACAGAUAUUUUUCCCCAAAAUCUGGCUUCAGAGUCAUAUAGUAAAUGCUAUUAUGACUUUGAAUAGUUAGCUAUGAAUAGUUAAAAUAAUGUAUAGCAGCCUUUACGUUUCAGAAGGUUCUAAAGAACAUUUAAUCUAAAACAAACAAAAAAAUUUUUGUCACACGAAUAGUAACUAUUCUUCAGGGUUAAUUUUCUUUACUGUCACAGAACUAUUUUCAGUUCACUUGUACCAUUUCUACCUUUAGGGAAACAAUUCCACUCAACUAGGCGUUCUCAGUUUGUUCCCCUCGACUCUCACCAACUGCUGAGCCUUAGCCCCCUUUAGCCUUCAGUUUUCCUUCUGUAAAGCCAAAUUGUAUUUUACCUCCCAAGAUGUUUGCUGGUACUGUUUUUGAAAUACUGACUGUGGAUUAAGAUGAAGCCAGCAUAAGGCAACACGUACCUAUAAGGACCUCCCAAAGAAUAGUACCUGUCCAGUGCCGGUAACAUUAAAGCUAAACUGUUGUGCUUAA